AUGCGGAUGUACCAGCUCAACAAUCUUAGUUUAGAAAGUGGAUGGGGAAAGAGGGGGGAGAUAGAGACUGCUCAAGUCAUCAUGCGUGGCAAGGUUUCGGAAACUGUCCGAUCCCUUCAUCAGAACAUUAUAGCCGGUACAAAUCAUGGAAUCAGCGAUGAGCUGAUAACCCUGGAAAUUGUCUCUCCUGAUGUUCCUGAUCUCACUCUAAUCGAUCUACCCGGCAUCACCAGGAUCGCAAUGCCAAACCAACCUGAAGACAUCGGAAAACAGAUCAAGCUGAUGAUCAAGAAAUACAUAUCAAGACAAGAGACCAUCAAUUUGGCUGUGGUCCCUUGUAAUGUAGAUGUUGCAACAACUGAGGCUCUGGAAAUGGCCCGAGAAGUGGAUCCUACCGGAAACCGCACUAUAGGAAUUCUGACCAAACCUGACUUGAUUGACAGAGGAACAGAAAUGCAACUUUUGCGCACAGUCCAGAAUCAGGUGUAUCCUCUUACGAAGGGCUACAUGACUGUGAAGUGUCGGGCACAGUUAGAAAUCCAGGAAAACAUUUCCCUGCAAGAAGCACUAGAAAAUGAAAAAGCGUUCUUUGAAAACCAUCAGCACUUCAGAGCUCUUUUAGAAGAUGGACUGGCUACAAUCCCCAACCUGGCGGAAAGACUCACCAAAGAACUUGUGAUUCAUAUUGCGAGAACAUUGCCUAAUAUAAUAUGUCAGAUCAAUACUAAACUCCGUGAGGCAGAGGAUAAACUGAAUUUGAUUGGUCGAGGUCUGCCUGAUUCAGAAGAUGACAAAAUCCUCUUUCUUGUAAAGAUCUCUACUGCGCAUGCGCCUGCCCCAUCAUCCUGCCCGGCUGUACGAGAAGCCUCAGAUCUUCAGACAAGAGCGAGCAGCGGAGACUCGGUUGUGCAUGAACUGAAGAAGGACAAGAAUAUUUAUGACAAUCAGUACCGUGGACGGGAGCUCUAUGGGUUCAUCAACUACAAGAGAUUUGAGAACAUCUUGGAGAAGCAGAUACUGUCAAUUCAGGAACCUGCCAUUAAGAUUCUGCAUGAAAUCAGCAACCUUUCUGCCCGCCUCGGCUGUGACUACGGCUCAGCCGAGCUGAAGCAUAAGCAUAUGUGA